CGGCAGGGUGGUGAGGAAACUCACUAUACGUUCUUUUCUCCUUCUCACUCGCAUUUAUCUGAGUAGCAGAAACCCUGCCGAAACUGGUCAGGACCACGUAUUUGCUGUCAGAGCCACUUCUGAUAAAGAACACAGUGACACCUGCCCAACAGGAAGACAAAAUGAGGUUCUGCCUCAGCCUGACCCUCUUGUGUAUCUCCAUGGCGUUGUGUGAUGGGGCUUGCUUAUAUGACUUAUUUGAAGGCGACAAAGAGAAUGCUAAACGAAAUGGAUGUGUUGAUCCUUAUGAUGGCAAGAAGCACCUAUUUGGAUCAACGUGGAACACAGAUGGCUGUUUAAGGUGUGAAUGCUCUGAGGCAAGGAUGACGUGCUGCACCAGAUAUGGUGGCCCUGUUAUCGUUGAAGGAUGCACAGCCAUUGUGGACCGAGAAACAUGUGAAUACAAGUUCUACAAGGAAGAUGACCCAUCAAAGCCUUGUUUUUUAAAAGAAAUGUAGAGAGUUUAGGUUAAUGUGGAUACAGGAAAUCUGAUGAAUAAAGCAGAUACUUGAGCAAC